CGGGGCUCGGCCCGGCCCGGCACGGCACCCACCCGCCCCGGGGAUGCUUUUCCCUGCUGUGGGGAUGCUUUUCCCCGGCGCCGCCGCGCUGGCAGCCCCCCGAUGCUGCGGCGGCCGCUGAGGGCCGGGAGGAGGAAGGAGGCAGAGCCCGGGAUGGAGCGGCCGGAGGCGGCGCGGAGGGGCCGGGGAGCGGGCCGGGAGCACGGCAGGUAGCGCGGAGAGGAGGAGCAGGAGCGCUGCGGAUCGGGCGGUCAUGGAGGGAACCCGGCAGAGCAGGAUCUGCCGCCCGCACAAGAUCAGCGAAUCCUCCAAGGUGUACAGGUGGGAUGACCACUCCAGCCUGGUUCUGCAGAGCCUGAACGAGCAGAGGCACCGAGGCCUCUUCUGCGACAUCGUGCUGGUGGUGGACGAGCAGAGAGUCCCGGCCCACAGGAACCUCCUGGCUGUGUGCAGCGACUACUUCAACUCCAUGUUCACCAUCGGCAUGAGGGAGGCCCACCAGAAGGAGGUGGAGCUCUUUGGGGCCUCCUACAUCGGCCUCAAGGCCGUGGUGGAUUUCCUGUACGGCAGCGAGCUGUCCCUGGACGGAGGCAACAUCGACUACGUGCUGGAGACGGCGCACCUGCUGCAGAUCUGGAAGGUGGUGGACUUCUGCUGCGAGUACCUGGAGAACGAAGUCAGCGAGGAGAACUACCUGUACCUGCAGGAGCUGGCCUCCAUCUACAACCUGAAACGCCUCGACUCCUACAUCGACUCCUUCAUCCUGCAGAACUUCGGCACCCUGUCCUUCACGCCGGACUUCCUGCAGAACAUCUCCCUGCAGAAGCUGUGCCAGUACCUGGACAGCAGCGACGUGCAGCAGGAGUGCGAGCACGACCUGCUGCAGGCGGCCCUGCAGUGGCUCACGCAGUACCCGGAGCGGGAGAACGAGGCUUACCAAGUGCUGGACAACAUCCACUUCCCGCUGAUCCCCAAGAGCGACCUGCUGCACCGGGUGAAGCCCGCCGUGUGCUCGCUGCUGCCCAAGGAAGCCAACUGCGAGGGCUUCAUCGAGGAGGCCGUCAGCUACCACAACAGCGUGGCGGCGCAGCCCGUGCUGCAGAGCAAGCGCACGGCGCUGCGCACCUGCGAGGAGCGCCUGCUCUUCGUGGGAGGGGAGGUGUCGGAGCGCUGCCUGGAGCUCUGCGACGACACCUGCUUCCUGGACACCAGGAAGGGACAGUGGGUGGCGGAGACGCCCCUGCCCGCCCGCAGGAGUCACCACUGCGUGGCCGUCCUGGGAGGAUUCAUCUUCAUAGCCGGGGGCAGCUUCUCCCGGGACAACGGAGGGGAUGCGGCCUCAAACCUCCUAUAUAGGUAUGACCCCCGCUGUAACCAGUGGAUAAAGGUUGCCUCCAUGAGACAGCGACGAGUGGAUUUCUACCUGGGAGCCAUCACUGACAUGCUGGUGGCUGUUGGUGGCAGGAAUGAAAACGGGGCCCUGUCCUCAGUGGAGACCUACAGCCCUCAGAAGGACUCCUGGACCUACAUAGCAGGACUGCCCAGGUUCACCUACGGCCACGCCGGCACCGUGUACAAGGAGUUCGUGUACAUCUCGGGAGGCCACGAUUACCAGAUCGGGCCCUACAGAAAGAACCUGCUGUGCUACGACUACCGCACGGACGUGUGGGAGGAGAAGAGGCCCAUGAUCACUGCCAGGGGCUGGCACAGCAUGUGCACCCUGCAGGACAACAUCUACUCCAUCGGCGGCAGCGACGACAACAUCGAGACCAUGGCUCGCUUCGACAUCCUCAGCGUGGAGUCCUACAGCCCCCAGUGCAACCAGUGGACCAGGGUGGCCCCUCUGCUGCAAGCCAACAGUGAAUCGGGGGUGGCGGUUUGGGAAGGCAAGAUUUACAUCCUUGGAGGGUACAGCUGGGAGGAGGCCGUCUUCUCCAAGACAGUCCAGGUGUAUGAUAAGGAGAAAAAUAAGUGGUGCAAAGGGACGGACUUGCCCAAAGCGAUCGCCGGAGUGUCCGCAUGCGUCUGCGCCCUGAAACCCAAAACAGAGGACAAAAAGAAAAAGAUAAAAACAAAAAAACAUCAAGAUCGAGGGAGAUGACCACUCCUGGAUAGCCACCCUUGGGUGGUGGGCUCCUUGUAUUUAGACAUUUCUAUCUAACCUUUAUUCUUUUUCUUUUUAAACAGGGUGGGGAGGGCAUCUUCUGAAGCCUCAGAAAAUGUACACUUGAACGUGGUUUUUGGAUUAAACUCAUGUUUAAGGUAAAAACAACAAAACCAAAAACUUCCCAUCUUGCGAUACGAAGGGUGAUGUGGCCAGAGAGGUUCUGCUGCUCUCCUGAAUGUUAAGGCUUAGGCUUCUCCUUCUGUGGUUCAUGGCAUUUCCACAUACAUCGUAUUAUAUUGACGUUUUAAGGAGGUUUUUAAAAACAACUUUUCUACUUUUUUAUACCACAUUUUGCUAACUCGGUCUCUCGUUUGCCAUAUAUUACGUUGUUGACUGUAGAAGCUGCAGCUCUGUGCUCGUGACCCCGCUGUUGGCAUCAGGAGCUCCUGGUGUGAUGAUCUUUGGUGUCUGUGUGGCUUGGCCAGGACGUGGUGCAGCUGCUGGAGCAGCGCUGGCAUUCCCAGCAUUGUCAGGCAGUCAGCUGGAACCGGGACUAUUGUCACAAUCCCAGCUCCCCCAGAGCCCAGCUCCCAGCCCUGCCAUAAACACCCUUUAUUCAGUGGCUGCUCAUCUGCUGAGUGCAUUUCAAGGGCUUUGCUUUAAAGUUCAGCUGUUGAUCAUUGCUGUUAUUUUCUCCUCAGUCCUCCUCUCCCAUCUCCCUCUCCAUGUAUUUCAGAUUUCUUCCAUCUGGUGUAUGUGCAGGUGAUAUCCUGCUACCCUCAUUCUUUUGUCUUUUUUUCCAGGUGUUAUCCUGCUACCCUCAUUCUUUUGUCUUUUUUUCCAGGUGAUAUCCUGCUACCCUCAUUCUUUUGUCUUUCCAUCCCCCAAAACUACUUACCUCAAUCAUUGGAAAACACUAAGAAAACAUUUUUGCACUUAAUUUCAUUUGAAACUCUGCUAAGAGUUUCUACUAAAGAAAACUACUUUAUACUUUAAGAUCUACUACAAGCACAUGUGUAAGGAAAGAGGUGACAAUAAAUUUCUGGAGUGCAAGGAGGUUAUAGGUUGUUUCUUCAAUGCUAAGAAAACUAGUUGGAAUUAAUUUUCUGAAACUCUUAGAGGUUUUUUUUGGUGUUUUUCUCUUUUUUUAAUUUAAAAAAUAGCCUCAGGAGUCAGGCUUUCAUUUGCAUUAAUGGAUUUAUUUUAAAGCCUUUGUGUACUGCAUGAGGUAAUGGUUAUUCUUUUUUAGCCUAAAAAUAAAUUUAAAACAAAAAAAACCCAAAUUGAACAUUUUGGUUAUGACAAACUCAUUGACAAGUUUUUGGGGUUAUUUUUUUUAAUAUCUGAAAUCCUUGCUAUGUUGACUGACAACUACUUAACUUUUUGGGGACAUUUUCAUGUGUAAGUACAGAACAAAAAUUUCAGAGACUUGCUUUUUUUCUGUUACUGGGUUGCUUGUUACUAUAUCCCCUCUUUUAUUGUGUUUAUGUAUGACAUUAAUGUCCGGGAACAAUAAAUCCAGUUUCGAAUAUUCUA